AUGCUCCGAAAAACCCCCCGGGGCGCCAAAGAGGAAAAGCCACAACCGCCAGUACACUGCAAUGCUGAUGACAGGGUGAAGCACGGGUUCGCGCUUCAGAAACCGACGGUGGUCGCCGAGUUGGACUCGAAAUUACAGACCAAGAGAGUUGAAUCUACAACUGCAACCUCCCCGCCACGUCAAGCCCUUCAGAAACCGGUUGUGGAGCCAAAAUCUGGCUCCCCAAAAACCCUGGUAAAAGUGGAGAGACGUGAAAAUGGCAGGUUUACGGUACCCGAGCUGAAGAGGGUCACCUCUCCUAUAUUGCCGCAUUAUGGAUGGAAUCUAGAUCAGAAGAAGGAGGAGAAAAAUGAGGCUCAAAAUCGGCCCCUUGGGGUGGUACGUCCGUUUUCUAGGACCGGAAAUCCGGCGGAUCGAAGCCUGGCCAUAGGACCGAUGCCUGCUGGAACUCCGGAAAAUCGUGUCGAAACAGUUGGACCGAGCGCGAGGAGACUGUCGAGAGGAAGGACGAACAUUCUGGAAGAUUUAGGAGGACGCUCGCACCAUGUCGAGGCAGUUGAGCAGCUCGUCGAGAUUGAGAGGUUGAACUCCCUGAAGACGUCUGUCGGGGAGCCUGCCCCGCCGCAUCAGGCAGUAGAUGCUCCGACGCAGCCGGCAGAAAAACCCGUCAGCCCGAACAGCUCGAACUUGACGCCAAAAGGUGGUGCUGCUCAACUUAUACAAGGCGCGACGCCCCAUGUCGGUUUGAACAGCUCCAACUUGUUGCGAAAAAGUGGAGAUGCAGAACAACACCAUCAAGGUGUCUCCCAGACGCACCAAGUCGAAAAGCCGGUCAACCCGAACAAGCCGAACACGACGGCCAAAUUCGCUCAACCAAACCCCGAAGUAGCAAAGCCACGCCCUCCAACCGAAGCCGAACAGCUCGAACGUCUUCACCGCCUCGAAGAGGAGCUCCGAGCCCAGCGUGAACGUCUCGACCUGCUCGCCGCGAAACCCCUGCUCCCUGAAAAUCCACCAGCCGUCGUCACCGAGCGAAAAGUGCUCGUCAAAUAUUCGGACAGUCUCCAUCGAGUUCGAAAGAACCCUCCUUGCCCACCCCCAAAACCCAUUCCCGAACAACCAACACCAUGGAUUGUACGCCCAGCACCUCUUGACAUCUCGCAAUAUGUACAGGAGAGAGUGGAGGGGGCAGAGAAGAGAGAGAAGACAGAGAAAGGGAGGAAGUCAGUCAAAUAUCCAAGGGAUCUGCUGAACCCGGUGGUAUCGGGGGAGAAGGAGAAGAACAAGGAGAAGCCGAUGCCACUAUGGAGACUGCAGAAUAUAAGGCGAUUUGGAGAGACCAAAAGCCUGCCUGCCGAAAAAUCGGGAAAAGCAUCCGAUGGCGAGCCGGCUUUUCACACGCCGCCCCCGGAACCGAUUAUCACAGUGGUCCCACCCACCCCAACUACCCCGAAAAAGAUGCCACUCGACGCGGAGGUCAAGGAUGAGAAGCUAUUAAAGAAUAUUCGCGCCGAAAAGUUGGCCUCUCCUACGUGCAUCCCGUGGGACUCAUCCUUCGAAUUGGAAGAAGCGUAUUCCGAUGCGAGCGUCAUCGAUGAUGAGUCACAGUACUCGGCGGUUACACAUUUCGUUCCAAAAAAAAUCAAGCGCCCCCCAGUGCCGGGCGUCUGGGUGAAAGAUGGGGUCGAGCUGAUCAGCAAGAACAAGAGCUUCAGAAGGGAAGACCAAGCCCAUACGACAGUAUCUGUGUGGAAGGGGAAACGCCGCGAGAGAGCCGCUUUAUCAAAAAAUUUCGAAGCCCCGGAAAAGAAAAAAGUGGUGGUAACGGAAAAGAAGAGAAUGGUGCUGCGAAAGAAGAAACUCUCCACCAUCGACCCGAAAGAUGUGGAACGAGCGAGGAAAGAGCGCGAAAUAUCACCCGAAGGCAAGGCGAAAAAGGAACCUGUGACGACUACCGUGACCGCGACACUCCAGCAUAAACACUUCCAGAAAGCUACUGUAGUCCGGAAAUUACCGUACACGGAAAGG